GCUGGUCGCCGGCAACUCCGGGCCGGACGCCCGCGCUCACGCCGCCCUUCCCUCCGCGCUCACGCCCGCGCGCGCCCGCACUCCGGCCCGCUCGCCCCGCGGACGCGCAGGCACCGCCGGCGAGGGCGCCCAGGGGUCCCGCGGCGUUCCCAUGGCUGACCUGAGCUUCAUCGAAGAUUCCGUCGCCUUCCCAGAGAAGGAGGAGGAUGAGGAGGAAGAGGAGGAGGGUGUGGAGUGGGGCUACGAGGAAGGUGUUGAGUGGGGUUUGGUGUUUCCUGAUGCUAAUGGAGAAUACCAGUCUCCUAUUAACCUGAACUCAAGAGAAGCUAGGUAUGACCCCUCCCUGCUGGACAUCCGCCUCUCUCCGAAUUAUGUGGUCUGCCGAGACUGCGAAGUCACCAAUGAUGGACAUACCAUUCAGGUUAUCCUGAAGUCAAAAUCAGUUCUAUCGGGAGGACCAUUGCCUCAAGGGCAUGAGUUUGAACUGUAUGAAGUUAGAUUUCAUUGGGGAAGAGAAAACCAGCGUGGUUCUGAGCACACGGUUAAUUUCAAAGCUUUUCCCAUGGAGCUCCAUCUGAUCCACUGGAACUCCACUCUGUUUGGCAGUAUUGAUGAGGCUGUGGGGAAGCCGCAUGGAAUCGCCAUCAUUGCUUUGUUUGUUCAGAAGGGAAGGGAACAUGUUGGCCUGAAGGCUGUGACUGAAAUACUGCAGGAUAUUCAGUAUAAGGGGAAGUCCAAAACAAUACCCUGCUUUAAUCCUAACACUUUAUUACCAGAUCCUCUGCUGCGGGAUUACUGGGUGUACGAAGGCUCUCUUACGAUCCCACCUUGCAGUGAAGGUGUUACCUGGAUAUUAUUCCGAUACCCCUUAACUAUAUCCCAGCUACAGAUAGAAGAAUUUCGAAGGCUGAGGACACAUGUUAAGGGGGCAGAACUUGUGGAAGGCUGUGAUGGAAUUUUGGGAGACAACUUUCGACCCACUCAGCCACUUAGUGACAGAGUCAUUAGAGCUGCAUUUCAGUAGCCAAAGAGAACAGAAACAAGUCCAUCUUCAUCAGGGUAUGUGCAGAUUAAGUAAGGAAAACGAGGUACACAGUUACAUAAAUGUAGCAUCCCAAAGUUACUCUCAUCAUGAUCCUGACACUUUAGCAAUAAAACAUGUACAAUUCAUUUUGACAAAAUUUAGGCUUUGUCAUGCCCCCUCCCUUCUUGGAAAUGUUUGUAACUCAUUAAUAGGCUAAAGGCUAUACAAGACAAAGCUUAAGCCACACCUGCAGGCCAUCAGUUUGUUCAACAGAUCCCUUGAGUUCCAGUAAAUGUCCAGUGGGGUGGCUUGUCUCUGAGUAACAGACAUCCUUAUCUUAAGUUAAAACAUUCCAAGCCUUUA